AUGACCACCUCCUCAGACAAAGAGCUCAACGGGCUAGAUAACCCCAGCUUCAUGGGUGAAGAUGGGAGACACUACUGCUCCUCACUGGAUCAUGCUGCCCAGGACCCAGAGGAAGGCAGGGACAUGGGCCACGGUGGCAUCAAGCUUGCCUACACUGUCAUGGAUGUGCCUCCCUGGUACCUGUGCAUCCUGCUGGGCAUUCAGCAUUUCCUGACAGCCCUGGGAGGUCUCAUAGCCAUCCCGCUGAUCCUCUCCAAAGAGCUUUGCCUCCAGCAUGACCUCCUCACCCAGAGCCAUCUGAUCAGCACCAUCUUCUUUGUCUCAGGCAUUUGCACCCUGCUGCAGGUCCUCUUUGGAGUCAGGUUGCCUAUUAUUCAAGGAGGAACUUUUGCAUUCCUGACCCCCACCCUGGCCAUGCUGUCCCUCCCCAAGUGGAAGUGCCCUUCUUGGACACAGAAUGCCACCCUGGUGAAUGCCUCUUCACCAGAGUUCAUUGAAGUCUGGCAGACGCGGAUGCGAGAGUUGCAAGGAGCUAUCAUUGUAGCUUCCUGCUUCCAAAUCUUCGUUGGAUUUUCUGGCUUGAUCGGAUUCCUGAUGAGGUUCAUUGGCCCCCUGACAAUUGCGCCCACUAUCACCUUGGUUGCACUUCCUCUCUUUGACUCUGCUGGGGACGAGGCUGGGCAGCACUGGGGCAUAGCGUUCAUGACUGUUUCUUUCAUAGUUCUGUUCUCUCAGUACCUGAAAGACAUCCCUGUGCCACUGCCAUCUUACCAGGGAGGCAUGAAGUGCCACCUCUCCCCAGUCUACCUCUUCCAGAUCUUCCCGGUGCUGAUGGGGCUAUCCCUGAGCUGGCUGCUCUGCUACCUGCUGACGGUGACUGACGUCCUCCCUGCAGACCCCACGGCCUAUGGCCACCUGGCCCGGACGGACAUCCGUGGGGAUGUUUUAUCUCAGGCUCCCUGGUUUCGGCUGCCUUACCCAGGCCAGUGGGGAAUGCCAACGGUCAGCCUGGCUGGGAUAUUUGGCAUCUUAGCAGGGGUGAUUUCCUCCAUGCUGGAGUCGGUGGGAGAUUACUACGCCUGCGCCCGCCUGGCCGGGGCCCCACCACCACCCAAGCACGCCAUCAGCCGUGGCAUCGGGGUAGAAGGCAUCGGCUGCCUCCUGGCUGGUGCCUGGGGGACAGGGAACGGCACCACCUCAUACAGCGAGAACGUGGGGGCCCUGGGCAUCACCAAGGUAGGAAGUCGAAUGGUGAUCAUUGCUGGUGCCUGCACCAUGCUCCUCAGCGGUAUCUCUGGGAAAGUCGGCGCAAUGCUUGCCAGCAUACCCACCCCCGUGAUCGGAGGCAUGUUCCUUGUGAUGUUUGGAGUUAUCACGGCAGUGGGGAUUUCCAAUUUGCAGUACACUGAUAUGAACUCCUCAAGAAACAUCUUUAUCUUUGGAUUUUCUGUAUUUGCUGGCCUCACGGUUCCCAACUGGGCAAACAAAAAUAGUACACUGCUGGAAACAGGAAUCAUCCAGCUGGACCAGGUGAUCCAGGUGCUUCUCACCACUGGCAUGUUUGUAGGUGGACUCCUGGGGUUUAUCCUUGACAACACCAUUCCAGGAACACAGGAGGAGCGGGGGCUCCUGGCAUGGAAGCAUAGCCACAAGGGAGAGGCAGACAUCUCUGAGCUCAUUUCCAAGGUGUAUGAUCUUCCAUUUGGCAUAGGCACCAAAUACUGCGCUGUCUCUUGGUUUCGGUAUCUCCCUGCUUGCCCCAAAAGGCACCCUCAUUGCAAGAGAAUGGAUGAACUGAAGGCUGCCAAACAGGAAAGCAUGGUUAGAGCAAGCUCAGAAAGAGACUCUGAGAUAGGUGCUGAUACAAGGAUAUAAGCACCUUCCUAUCUCGGAAGCAGAGGUCUGAAAAGGAUGUCUGCAGCCCACAUCAUUUGAACAUGAGCUGGCAGCUGUCAGAGGCUGGAGCGGGAGAAUGAUAAUGCCUUUCUCUUCCCAGCUGUGCCCCCUGCACCUCAAGGGAGUAAUUUUUCUCCUCUCUGCUACUGCCUGCCCACCUCUAGGAAGAACAUAUUCCCUCUUCAGGGAACACCAAAGCCCAAGAAAUGCUUGGAAAAGAUGUUCAGUUUCCUUCCUUGCACUGAACCUUGGGGACCCCAAGGAGCAGCUGUUUAGCUGAAGCAGAGCUCUUCCUGUCCUCUGUCCUGGCUGCCCAAGAAACCACAGAAGAUAUCCCUGAUGUGGGCCCUGUACCAGUCUCAGGUAUCCCUAGGGCUGAGGCUAAUCCCCACCACCUUAAAGAUCUGUAAUGGCAAUGCCCACCUCUCAGCUUGUGGUUUACACUCAUCCUAGCCAAGGGGAAGGAGUGGGCACCUUUAGGUCAUGAUUAUUCUCAUUCCAUAUUCCCAUAAAGUCAGUCAAAUGAAUGCAGUUUUAAGGGAGGUGUCUAAGGUUAAUGGGCUUGAUUGUCUUCUGAACAUGCCUCUCCUAUCUUAGACUGCAGAGGGAAUCUAGAGACCACCUGGUCUUGACUUAACAAAAAUUCAGCUUCACUGCAACGAAUCCCUGAGCAGCCUCAGGGAAGCCAGCUUUCCCAGAGCACCAAACCCUACAAAGAUGAAGCAGACAAUUCUUCUGCUCACAGUGAGAUGCAUCCCUGUUUACUGCUAUGUCCUGUGUCCCCUCCACUGUACCUCUUUGGUCUGGUCAUUGUCCAGUGACAACCACUUCUCUGGAAAACAGUUUGCAGAUUCUUGUUCCUGUCCACUCUCAGC